AUGAAUCUGGCCGAUAUUAUCUCGCUUUUUUUGCGAGUUUGUGAAUUAAUAUUUUCAGCGAUUGUUACUGGCCUUACGGCGUCAUGGCUUCAUGCAAACCGUGGAGUUCGUCUUUCACCACAUAAGCGUUUUAUCUACACCGAAGUCGUAGCAGCCCUCGCUUUCCUAGUGGCAUUAUUCCUUUUGUUACCUUUUACGAGGAAUUAUAUGCACUGGCCGCUGGACAUAUUCAUUUUUAUUACGACCAUGAUUGCGUUUGGACUAAUGGUUAAUUAUUCACGGAACUCGUGUAAUGGUAUCGGAAAUCAAGGCAGGUUGACAUCUGCGGGUAGAGGUUGCGAUAAUUUCAAGACAGACAUUUCCUUUGUCUUCUUGACUUCUAUUUUUUUUCUGGCGUCUGCCAUGCUUGGCUUCCAUUACGCACGGAGAAAUCGUCGAAAUACAGUUGUAGAUAAGCAAAUGAAUGAUGGCGGAAAGCGGUGGUACCGAAGAGGCUAG